GCGUACAGAAGAAGAAGGUAAACGUACAUAAGAGUAGCUAGAAAUGGCUAAACUGAGAGUGUCUUUUGUGUUGGUGGCUGUCGCUGUGGUGCUCAUUGCCAUGGAAGCCAGCUCUGUUCUGGGCCAAGGCAGUGGAAACGGAAAUGGGAAUGGGAAUGGGAACACUGGAAGUGGCAAUGGAAACGGGAAUGGGAAUGGGAACACUGGAAGUGGCAAUGGAAACGGGAAUGGCAAUGGCAACACUGGCAGUGGCAACGGGAAUGGGAACGGGAAUGGCAACACUGGCAGUGGCAACGGCAACGGCAACGGAAAUGGGAACGGCAACGGCAACGGAAAUGGUAAUGGCAACGGUAACGGAAAUGGCAAUGGCAAUGGCAACGGGAAUGGUAGCGGCAAUGCAAUUAGUGACAGCACGAACUACGACGUAUUGCCACCACUAGCGACGGGACAGGAGCAAUGCAUGUGCAAAGCACAGGGAGCCUGUUUUUACAAGACCCUUGUUUGUCCACCAGAAUGCCCCGAGAGAAAGCCUAAAAACAACAAGAAAAAAAAGGGUUGCUUCGUUAACUGCGGAAGCAAGUGUGAAGUCACUUGCAAAAUUAGAAGAGGCAACUGUGAUGGUUAUGGAUCUAUCUGCUACGACCCUCGAUUUAUUGGUGGUGAUGGUGUAAUGUUCUACUUCCAUGGAGCAAAGGGAGGAAACUUUGCUAUUGUCUCGGAUGAAAACCUCCACAUCAAUGCACAUUUCAUUGGGACUCGACCAGAAGGAAGGACUCGUGACUUCACAUGGAUUCAAGCAAUCUCAAUCAUGUUCGACAGUCACACCCUUGUUAUUGGAGCAAAGAGGGUUUCCAAGUGGAAUGACAAAGUUGAUGCUCUCAUGGUGAAGUGGGAUAGUGAGUCAGUUGACAUCCCUGAAUAUGGAGGGGCCGAAUGGAGGACUAAUGAUGAGGACAGAGAGGUAAUCAUCGAAAGAACCGAUGACGCGAACUAUGUAAGAGUUACGGUCUCUGAUUUGGUCGACAUAACCAUUAGGGUUAGGCCUAUUGGAGAAAAGGAAGACAGGGUUCAUCAUUACCAUAUACCAGCUGAUGAUACUUUUGCUCACUUGGAGACACAGUUCACAUUUUCGAAAUUAUCUGAUCUGGUGGAAGGAGUUCUAGGGAAGACCUAUAGGCCAGGUUAUGUUAGUCGAGUCAAGAGAGGAGUUCCAAUGCCAUUGAUGGGUGGAGAGGAUAAGUACAAAACUCCAUCACUCUUUUCACCUAUCUGCAAGGUUUGUAGGUUUCAAACUACUGCUCGUCAAUCUGGUGGGCUUGCAAUUACAACCGGAGUGGCUGCUUAAUAUAUACUGAUGAUGAUGAUCAAGAGAGAAAUAAAUCCUGUCUUCUAAUUUAAUUGUUUUCAACAAUCAUCUGUUGUAUCUCUGUAACUGGUUAUGGGUAGAAUAAACAAAUGACGGGCUGAUUCGUACAAAUCAAGCUUG